ACGUCGAACAGUAAUUAUUUGUUGAAAAUGUGUACUAACUUCAUGGAAUAUUCAUACGUAUAAUACAUAGUAUACUUCGACAUCCGAAUCGUAUUUUGCUAUUCAUAUUGUUAAUAAAUUUUGCAGCUCUUAAUUUUUUAUUUUUUAAUUUUUAUUAUUUUCAUAAGAUUUAUUAGAACACGAUAGUUACUAUCGCAGCUUACUAUAAUUAUUUAAUCUACGGUUAGGAAAAUUGAGCUAUGGAACAGUGGAGAGGUCGUAAUGCCAUCGUUACAGGUGCCGGUUCGGGUAUUGGAGCGGCCACGGCGUUGGAAUUAUUAAAACAUGGCGUGAACGUAAUUGGAUUGGACGUCCAAUCAGCAAAGCUUGUGAGUCUCGAGAAUUCGAUAAAAAACGAUGUUGCGAUUACUGACACACCAAAGCGAGAUCAACGUGGGAUUUUCUACCCAAAGGUUUGUGACAUCACCAACGAACGAGCAGUGCAAGACGUUUUCGUCUGGGUGGACGACGCACUCGGUGGCGUCAGCGUAUUGGUCAACAACGCUGGUAUCAUAAUACGGACCAGUCUAUUGGAUGGGACUUUGAAAGAUUGGACACGUUUCAUGGACAUAAAUGUGUUGGCACAAUGCGUGUGUUCGAGAGAAGCUUAUCGAUCAAUGACAAAAAACAAAAUAAACGGGCACAUUGUUCAAAUAAACAGUAUUUGUGGCCAUUCUAAAACUCCGUAUUUUGCGCACAAAAUGUACAACGCUACUAAAACUGCCAUUACAGUGCUAUGCGAAGGGCUUCGGCAUGAGCUCAGCCUUGUCGACUCGAAGAUUAAAAUCUCGAGUAUCAGUCCUGGUAGCGUCGAUACUGACAUUUUCAAAACUGCUCAAUUUAGACCAUCUUCUCAAGUUGUUAGUUCAAGACCGGCUCUGAAACCGAAUGACGUAGCAGCCGCUAUAAUCACAGUAUUGGACACCCCUCCUCAUGUGGAA